AUGGUACCUAAUACGGAAAAGACCAAAUUCCCAACAACGCAAGGCGGGUUUUUGAAAGCCAUGUCAACCGUACUUGUGACUGUGUUAGCAGAGCAAACUAAGGAUCAUCCAAACAACCCCAUUAGCAAUGAGUCUAAUACGGAUUUAGCCCAUACGAACCAAUCGUCUGUGCACAAGUCAGUUUAUUUAUGUGUGGAUUUAAAUGGACGUUUAGGUAACCAGAUGUUUGAAUUCGCCUCACUUUUGGGAAUAGCUCGUCAUCAUAGCAUGACGCCGGCAAUCCCCAAAGACAGUCAACUGAGAAAUAUUUUUAAUGUAAAUGUCACCGAUAUAGACAAGGAGAUCUCCUCUGGAUUUACUCAUAUUGGUCAAAUGCGUGAUUGCGAUUUUGAUCCCAUAAGUGCUGAUUUUGGAUCAAACUUGACAAUGUCCGGUUAUUUCCAGUCAUGGCGAUAUUUCUCUAACGUUUUUCCAGAACUUCGGAAACAGUUUACAUUCAAAGAUGAUAUUGUCAAACGUGCUCGAUUAGCACUUGAAACCUCUAUACAGUCACAGCAUCCUCAUUUUUCUCUGGAGAAUGCAACACUUGUAGGUGUUCACGUCAGACGUGGGGAUAUGGUACAGCCUGAGAUGAUUCAAUUUGGCUAUGCUGUUGGAAGUAAAGGCUAUCUUUUCCGGGCCGUGGACAACUUUAGGAGCAAAUACAGGUCUGUGAUGUUUAUUGUGUGCUCUAACGACAUGGGAUGGACAAAGGAGAAAUUACCUCAUCAGGUCUCCACGUUUAUCACCGGCCAGGAGGCUGAAGUGGAUAUGGCGAUACUGUCGUUGUGUAACCACACCGUUAUGACCGUAGGUUCUUACGGCUGGUGGUCCGCCUUUCUGACCGGAGGGACAACUACCUAUCAGAUACAACAGACGAUUCCGGGUACAGAGCUGGACAAGAGGUUUAACCUGACCGAUUAUAUGCUACCGGACUGGAUCGGCAUGUAUCAGAACAGUGCCGCUGGCGUGCACUAGAUAUUGCAUAAAUAUUGCCUUAUGACUCUAAUAUGCUUCCAUCGUAUAUCUUCAUUUAUCAUCCCUUAUAGAGUGGUCUGAUGCAAAUGUCAGAAUGAAUGAAUGAAUGAUUAUGGCUUAACAUCACAUCGCAAAUGUCACAAAGGUGUAAAGGUAUUUAUAGC